GAUUUCGGUUCUAGAGUUUAGAGAUGUGAUCUAUAUUAACUUCUCCCAUUUGUAAUCUAAUAUUAUUCUCUCUUUCUAUUUGUACACGUAGAUUAUACAUUGUCGAGUUUUUGUUGUUUUACAUUUUAUCAGGGCUGAUUUUGGGAAAUUUUCUUUUAAAGAAAGUAUUGAGUUUUUUACAUAAUUUGGAAAUUUUCUUGGACCCUCUGAAAACCUCCAACCACUAAAGAGAAGAGAUGUUGUCCAUGGUUUUCACUCUCCAAACUCUUCUGCACAUUAUAUAUAAUGUGAUGAUUGAUCAAAUUUUAAUUUCUACACAAAAUUAAACAAUAACAAUAGUUGUAGCUCGUUUCUGAUAGUUUGAUGGCUACCACCAAUUCAUCAAACGAUGAAGAAUUACAAGAAACGAAUGGAUAUGCUGAAAUAAAGGAAGCAGAAACCACAAAAAGAGUCGUAAUAAGUGGAGUGAGCAGAGGGUUAGGACGAGCUUUGGCAUUGGAAUUGGCUAAACGUGGGCAUACAAUCAUUGGUUGUGGUCGUGACAAAAUCAAAUUAGAUUCACUUCAACAACAACUCUCCAAUGCUUCCCCACGAGACCAUUUGCUCUUCAACCUGGAUAAAUCAAAUGACAGCAUCCAAAAAAUGGCACACAAGGUUAAGGAGAAAUUUGGUUCCAUUGACAUCAUUGUAAAUAAUGCGGCUGUGGUGAAUGAAACUUUGAAGUUGUGGGAGAUUCCUAGUGAAAUGUUCGAUAAUGUGAUUGACAUAAAUAUAAAAGGGGCAGCAAAUGUGUUGCGUCACCUCAUUCCUCUUAUGCUUCCUAAAAAUAAAGGAACUAUUGUUAAUAUAUCUUCUCUCUAUGGAAGAAUUGCAGGGAUCUGGCUUUCAGUUUAUUGUAGUUCAAAAUGGACGAUUGAAGGUUUAAGCAAAUCGAUUGCGAAGGAGCUACCAAAUGAAAUGACGAUUGUAAUAUUAGAUCCUGCCAUUAUUAAUACUGAUAUGUGUGUUUUUGUUCAAGGCCAUCUAGCUUCUCAAUGCCAAUCUCCUCAAGAAUGGGCUCUUAAAGCAACUCCGAUUAUUCUAAACAUUACAACUGCUGAUAAUGGUGCAACUCUCAUCGUUCCUGAUCCGGGUGUUUUACCUGAUUUUUGUCUUUAA